GGAGCGGAGCGCGCGCGCCUGCUCGUUCCCAGGGCGCCGGCGGGAUGAGCUGCCUCAACGUGCCCGGGGUGCAGCCCGGCUCGCCCGCCAAGGCGCGUGGCCAGAUCCAGGUGAUUUUCGGGCCCAUGUUCUCCGGGAAAAGCACAGAACUCAUGCGCCGGGUCCGCAGAUUCCAGAUUGCACAGUACAAAUGCCUUGUGAUAAAGUACUCCAAGGACACUCGUUACUGCACGAAUGGGGUCUCCACGCAUGACAGGAAUACCAUGGAGGCUCUUUCAGCCUGUUAUCUCAAAGAUGUGCACCAGGAGGCGCUUGCUUCAGCUGUGAUUGGUAUUGAUGAAGGCCAGUUUUUCCCAGACAUUGUGGAGUUCUGUGAGGCAAUGGCCAAUGCAGGGAAGACGGUCAUAGUUGCUGCCCUUGAUGGGACCUUCCAGAGGAAGGCAUUUGGAGCAUCCUGAACCUGGUCCCCCUUGGCAGAGAGUGUAGUGAAGCUGAAUGCUGUGUGCAUGGAGUGUUACCGGGAGGCUUCAUACACAAAGAGGCUGGGAGCUGAGAGGGAGGUUGAAGUCAUUGGAGGGUCAGACAAGUAUCACUCAGUCUGCCGUGUCUGCUACUUCAGGAAGCGACCUCAGCAGGUUGGGCCAGAAAACAAGGAGAACCUGCCUGUGGGGGCCAAACAGGUGGAUGUCAUAGCCUCCCGAAAGGUCCUGGCCUCCCGACAGAUGCAGUGGAGCCCAGCAAACUGAGCAGGGGAGGCUAAAUACUACAACUUUGGGGCUUCUUUAAAGCUUGCUUCCCCUCUGUUCAGCCCGGAGCUGUGUCAUGGCCUCCCAAUGCUACCUGCCAAACCUAACUGCUGCUUGUGUGUGCUGAGCUACAAAGAACCAGGCCCACGUAGAAGGGACAAAAGGGGAAAACCAUGACAAACAGGAGUCAGGCAAGCAGCCAAUGGGAAAGUCCUCUGCCAUGGAAUGUGCGCAAGAAAUUGGAGGCACUUACUGAGUCACACUGCAACAGGCCCUUGUGCCUCAGUGUGGGACUUCCAAUAUACCAUCUGUCCAGGCUUCUGAGUAAUGACUAUUCUCCCAACUCAUGGUAACCCCUCUUUAGGACUUUUGACCUCCCUCCCUGACACUGUUGCUGGCUUUUGCUUGUUUUCUUAAGGACUUUGCCUGUUUUGUUGCCUAGGGAUACCCUGUUCCUAGAUGACACUGGGACAGGAGGACCUCCAUUGCUUUAGCUCCUUCAUUAUAUUGCCUCUUACUCCAUUCUAAGGUACAUGGCCUCAGACCUCCCAUCCAUACAAGUGUCUUCUCCUGCUAUCACUACACCCCAGCCAUUAUCUUCCCUCUGAACAUCAAUUUCCCCUCUAACAAUGCUUAUGUGCAGCUGCCUCCACCCCCCUGGCAGGCAAUUGUAAUUAGUUUCCCCCCCACAUUGCAUUCAGUGUCUGUCCAAUUUAAGUUGGUUUCUCCAAUUAUACUUGCUCAGACUACACUGAGUUGCUCUAAAUCAGGGCUGUU